AUGCCCGUCCUGUGUCUACAGUACACUGCACAGAAUGCCCGCCCUGUGUCUACAGUACACUGUACAGAAUGCCCGUCCUGUGUCUACAGUACACUGCACAGAAUGCCCGUCCUGUGUCUAGAGUACACUGUACAGAAUGCCCGUCCUGUGUCUAGAGUACACUGUACAGAAUGCCCGUCCUGUGUCUACAGUACACUGCACAGAAUGCCCGCCCUGUGUCUACAGUACACUGCUCAGAAUGCCCGUCCUGUCCUGUGUCUAGAGUACACUGUACAGAAUGCCCGUCCUGUGUCUAGAGUACACUGUACAGAAUGCCCAUCCUGUGUCUACAGUACACUGCACAGAAUGCCCGUCCUGUGUCUAGAGUACACUGUACAGAAUGCCCAUCCUGUGUCUACAGUACACUGUACAGAAUGCCCGUCCUGUGUCUACAGUACACUGCACAGAAUGCCCGUCCUGUGUCUAGAGUACACUGUACAGAAUGCCCGCCCUGUGUCUACAGUACACUGUACAGAAUGCUCAUCCUGUGUCUAG